UGUCCGCUCCCCGGGUCGUUUCCUCUGGUAACGUCGACGACUCGGAUUUAAAGUCCUCUCUGAGAAACACGUUCAAUCCUCGGUUUGCGUUUCCUUAAUGAAGACGGACUCCGCUCCGUGCGGGUGUUACCGUCAUGGCCGGGGAAAGCCUCCAGUAGGCAGAUCAAGCUUCUUAACUCCAGGCUGGAUCAGAACGAGCCAUCAGCAGCCAUGAGGUGACGACGUGUGUGUGUGUAAACCUGGACACAUGGCAAGGAUCAGCUUCUCCUGCCUGCCGGCCUCCUGGUCCUGCAGCGUGUCCCUGCUGUCGCUGGGCUGCGCCCCCCGCCAGAGGCUGGUCCUGCUGCUGCUCCUGCUCACCUCGGCGCUGCUGCUCCUUGGGACCUACCAGAGGCAGCUGUGGGGCGGCCGGCGGCGGCCCGGCGCCCAAGUCAACAAGUACCUGUCCAUGGCCGAGUCCAUGGAGGCCACCGACACCCUGGACGCGGCGCUGAACUAUGGCGUGGUGGUGGACUGCGGCAGCAGCGGCUCCAGGGUCUUCGUCUACUACUGGCCCCCCCACAACGGGAACCCCCACACCCUGCUGGACAUCCGGCAGAUGAGGGACCGCGAGCACAAGCCCGUGGUGAAGAAGAUCAAGCCCGGUAUCUCCACUCUGGCCAACACUCCGACCAAAGCCAGCGGUUACCUGCAGCCGCUGCUCAGCUUCGCCGCCGCUCACGUCCCGCAGAGCAAACACAAAGAGACGCCGCUCUACAUCCUGUGCACCGCCGGCAUGCGGCUGCUGCCCAACAGCCAGCAGGCGGCCAUCUUGGAGGACCUGGUGACCAACGUCCCCCUGGAGUUCGACUUCCUGUUCUCCAGCUCGCACGCCGAAGUGAUCUCUGGGAAGCAGGAGGGAGUGUACGCUUGGAUCGGCAUCAACUUCGUGCUGGGCCGCUUCGACCACGCCGACGAGGAGGACGCCACGGUGGAGGUGACCACCGGCGCGCAGAAUCAGCAUCCAAUCAGCCGGCGCCGCACGGUGGGCAUCAUGGACAUGGGCGGAGCUUCGCUGCAGAUCGCCUACGAGGUGCCGAGCGCCAUCAGCUUCAGCUCUCCUCAGGAGGAGGAGGCGGCGAAGAGCGUGCUGGCCGACUUCAACCUGGGCUGCGACGUGGAGCGCACGCAGCACGUGUACCGCGUCUACGUCACCACCUUCCUGGGCUUCGGGGGAAACAUGGCCCGGCAGCGCUACGAGGACCGGAUCCUCAACAACACCUUCGCCAAGAACAGGUUCCUCACCACUCAGACGGGGCUGAGCGAGGACAAGCCGUACCUGGACCCCUGCCUGCCGCCCGGCCUGUCGGACGCCGUCGCCCGUGACAACCGCACGCUGUACCUGCGGGGUCAGGGCGACUGGGCGCGGUGCCAGGAGGCGGUGCGGCCCUUCCUGGGCCUCCACAACGGCACCAUGUCCCCCGGCGGCGUCUACCAGGCGCCCAUCAACUUCAGCAACAGCGAGUUCUACGGCUUCUCCGAGUUCUACUACUGCAUGGAGGACGUGCUGCGGAUCGGGGGGCAGUACCACAGCGGGAGAUACUCGCAGGCCGCCAGGGAGUACUGCGCCACCCAGUGGCCGACGCUGAAGAAGCGACUGGACAACCAGCUGUUCUCUCAGCAGGCCGACAUCAACAGACUCAAGUAUCAGUGCUUCAAGUCGGCCUGGAUGUACGAGGUGCUGCACUCGGGCUUCCGCUUCCCCUCCGACUACCCGAGCCUGAGAACCGCCCAGCUGGUCUACGACAAGGAGGUGCAGUGGACUCUGGGAGCCAUCCUGUUCAAGACCCGCUUCCUGCCCCUCAGGGACCUGCAGCAGGAGACGCUGCGGCAGAACCACCCCAGCUGGCUGCGCUCCUCCUUCGUCUACAACCACCACCUGCUGUCGCUCUGCAUCCUGGUGGUGCUGCUGGCCAUCCUGCUCUACAUCCUGCGCCUGCGGAGGAUCCACCAGCGCGAGCAGCGGCAGGCCGAGGCGCUCAACCUGCUGUGGGUGGAGGAAGGAGAGGCGCUGCUGCCGUGACGCCGGCUCCUCCCCGCGGAGCCUCGCUCUCUCCACUCGCUCCCGAAAGGAACCAGCCAAGCAUCCAACCUCCAGCCACAUCACGGAGCAGGGGCUCGCACGCCCAUCGCCACCUCUGUCCACCAGGGGGCGAUGGUGAGCCCCUGCUGCCUUCAGAUCAGGUUCCUUUUUAUUUUUGUGUCACUUCCUAUUUAUGAAUGCGUUGAUGUGAAGAGUGAGCAGCUUCACUUCAGGAGCCACAGUUUUCAUUUUCCAGACGCCACCCGGUGGCGCCGAGCGGUAACGCACCAGACGACACAGAACCUGAAACGAUCGUCAGACCGACUCGUCUUGAGCCUUUUUAAAGAAUACCUCGGGCGAGCGCACUCGGUCGCAGCUCUGGCUGGUUGUUUACGCCUCCCGGUGGGCAGUGGGAGCUGAGAGGCCUGGAGGGCGGCGCGCUCGCAACCAGAUGUGGAAGAGGACCACCCAUAGUGAGGCCAGGCUGUGUGUUUACACACACACACACACACAGCCUGGCCUCACAAAGGAUUCCUCCGGAGCGGGAUUUAUCAGAGAUUUACGGCGUGCCGAUGUGAGUCCUGGACGCCGCAGGCAGCAGCGCCGCGGCUUCACCUCCACAGACUCCGCCGCAGCUGGGCUUGAACCUCCGGCACCAAACCGUGGAGAAGAGUACUCCCAACUCCAGGAUUCACGUCUUUAUUACGUCUUCUCUGUGUUUGUUUGGUUCGUUUCUCCUGCUGUUUUUUGACCGAUUCAAACAUUUCCAGUUUCAAGACGUGCAGCUUUUUUGAAGACAUUCCACUGAUUUUGCAGCUUUUUAAUAUGUUUUUUAGAAUGUGGAAGCUUUUCUCUAAACGUUUUCCAUGUAUUUAAGCCAUCGGAGCCGUUUCAGGCAGUCCUGAAGCUUUUUGGUCGAUUGGUCUAAAUCUGCUUCAGAGUCUUCAGUGUUUCUCUGGACUUCUUCAGGAAAAGCUAAAUCUUUUCUAGUUUUAUUCGGUUCAUUGUCACAAAUCUGAUUUCUUGCUGUUUUAAACCGCCUGAGAUGCAGAUUUGCUCACUGGCCAGUUAUUGGGUAGUUGGAAUCUGUGAUUUCAGCUUUGUUUUUCUAAACUGUUUCCAUUUCGCUCUGCGGUUUCUCACAUCACACAGACCCGGAGUGCUAAUUUAUGGCUCCUCCUCGCAGGUGUUAGCAGCCGAAAAUCUGAUUAAUUCAGGAGCAGAAGAUGUGAAAUCAGUAUGUAAAAUCAUCCUCCUGUCAGCGCCUCUUUUCAUAUUAGAAGUGAGACUGAUGGCGUGGGAAUGGAACCGUCCUCGUCUGAAGGCCGCAUUUAAAAUAGCCGCGGCGUCGGAGCAGAGGUCAGGCUGCCGAUGCAGGUGAACUCCACCUUCUCCCUGCUCCUCCUCCGUCAGCGGGGAGACCUGUGGCCGGUUCCUGGACAGCAGGAGGAGGUGGAGGAGGAAGCUGUGCUGCCGUGGGGCUCGGGCGGAUGCUGAACACUGAUCCAUGUGUGUCUAAUCUGGUUUUCCACUCGAGCGACUUCGAAGCCGCCUGUCUGAGGAGAGCGCUCCGUUCCGUCCACCGUUUAUGUGUUGCUGGUGUUUCCAGCAGCGUCCUGGUGAAACGCCACCGAACCGCAACGGCGCAGGUUUGGGGUGUAGAGUAUCUGAGCCGGUCCAGAGGGACACCAAUCAUCCAGCUGAGGGAGGACGACUCCUCGGGUUUGACAGAGACUCUGGUGGGCCACUUCCUGAAACCCACGGUCCUCUCAUCGGCCUCUUUUAUCUCCCUCUGCAUCAUGACGCAAUUGUAAUUUGACCCCAGCCUCACUUUCUAACCGUCUUCACUUCUUCUUGGGGAGUGACCACUGCAGCAGCUGCUCAGGAUUCAGUCUGCAUUCGUCCUUUGCGGCCAACGUGAAUCACAGAGUGCUUUGUAAUUUGACACCAGGCUCAUUAUGCCGCCUCCUGUGUGUAAUGUCCUGGAACUGACGUCACGUUUCCAGGACGCGGCAUUCCAGGCUGUAAUUUGAACCCAGCCUCAUUGUCUCGGUCAGACCGUUUUGAAAGCAGGUGAUGCGUUUGUAAUUUAACACCAGCCUCAUUGUUCAGCUGACUUUUUGAUUUGUAGAACCAGCUCAUGUUGAUCGCUUCCAGCAUGCAGACUGCAGUGCAUGUAAUUUGACUCCAGCCUCAUUGUCUUGAUUACUUAUGUGGACCUGCAGUAGAGUGGGUUGUAAUUUGACAUCAGCCUCAUCGUGUUUGCAGCUGUGCGUGUGCGUGUGUGUGUGUGUGUGGUCUGACUCCUCCCCCUCAGGUUGACCUGGACCAAUCGGCGGCUGUGUUUCCAGAGCUGGGCAUCGUGCAAUGUGGAGCAGUUAGCUCUCUGAAUGAGAAGCUGCUUCUUCUGUGUGUUUUUUUUAUAUUGAGGUACCUCUUGACAUGAAUGUGAACCGAAUCGAUCCAAUAAAAAGAGUUUUUGUAAUA